AUGACUACAGGCUGCCUCAGUGAGAGACGACCGGGGGGACCGGAUCAGAGACAGCAGAGGGGCUGACUCAGCGACGAGGACAAAGCCGCUGACGGAGACCGACGGCCGGGGACAGCGGAGGACACAUCUCCCCCCUGCGGAGGCUGGAUGGUCGGUGCCAGUCCGAGAGAACGAGCGGAGUGAAACGGAUACUACCUCACCUGUCUGCAGACCACCUGUUACCACCCCGAGGACACUUCCCCUCCUGCCGCUCUAAGGAAAUGCGUCGCCUGCCCCUGGCUUCGCUCUUCCUUUGCUUCUGGUUGGUGGAGAGAAGCCACUGCAACGGCAGCCUCCAGGACAGCAUGGGAGAGAUGCACACCAGGUUCGCCGUCAGCCUCUACCAGACGCUCACCGAGACAGAGAACAACUCCAACCUGAUCGUGUCUCCGGUGAGCGUCUCCUUGUCCCUGGGGCUGCUGCAGCUCGGCGCCAGGGGCAACACGCUGGCUCAGCUGGAGGGAACGCUGGGAUACAAUGUGAACGAUGCCCAGGUACAAGACUUCCUGUUGCACUCACAGGGUGACAUGAGCAACACCAGCCAGGGGAUGUGGCUGCAGCAGACCUGCACGUUAUUCAUCCAAAAUGGUGUCCAGCUCCUGACUGACUUCAAACAACAUGCAGCGGCUUGGGCCAACACCAGCGUGGUCCGAACCAACUUCAGCCAACCCAACCACACGCGCAGCCAGCCGGAGAGAUCGGGCCACAACAACGAUGACAAGUGGCCCCUGCAGGCAGGAAGCAGCAGCGGUGAGCUGUCGGGCUCGGGCGAGGCCCAGGCAGAGGCCCUGUGGUGGGGCCACCGGCUGCAGAUGGCCCUGGUCAACACAGUGGCCUUCAGGGGUGUCUGGCAGAAGCAGUUCCUCUUCACCAACACCCAGAACCUGCCCUUUACCCUCUCUGAUGGGACUGCCAUCAAGGUGCCUAUGUUGUAUCAGGCUACAGAGGUCAGCUUUGGUCAGUUCAGGACAGCAUCAGACCAGCGUUACACCGUGCUGGAGCUGCCGUACCUGGGCCACUCUCUCAGCCUGCAGGUGAUCCUGCCCAGCGAGAGGAAGACACCGCUGUCCUCCCUCGACUCCCAGCUCAACGCUCGCCAGGUGGCGUCCUGGGACGCCGGCCUGCGCAGAACCAAGAUGGACAUUUUCCUACCCAGGUUCAGAAUGCAGAACAAGUUCAACCUGAGGUCAGUGCUUCCCGCCAUGGGCAUCAGUGAUGCUUUUAACCCAACGGCUGCUGAUUUCACUGGAAUAUCAGUGGAGGAGGGUCUUUAUGUGUCUGAUGCCUUCCACGAAGUGAGAAUAGAAGUCACAGAAGAUGGGACAAAGGCCGCUGCUGCCACAGCUAUGGUGCUACUCAAGCGAUCUCGUGCCCCUGUGUUCAAGGCGGACCGGCCGUUCUUAUUUCUGCUACGACAGAUUAACACAGGAUCCGUCUUAUUCAUGGGCCGAGUGAUGAACCCAGCUGACCAAGCACCCUAAAAGUUUCAUACACGAACACACACACACACACACG